AUCCUUGCCUUCCCCAUGGGAACAGGCUCCUCUGACAUGGGUAUAGUGUCGGUGCAGGUCGUCCUUCGGCGUGUUGGCAUGAAAAUGAUUGCGCCAUUGCUGCUUUUUUGUCAUGUCAUAUCGGGACUUCCUGGCGAGCAUGACAUUGCCACCCCUUCCUGGACCUCCACGGAUGGACAGCCGAGUCUGGUUCAUACGGAAGCAUCAAGUGUCUCACUUAAUGAACGCGAGACCUCGAACCUACGCUUGCCUCGGUCCCUCAAGCCCCUCCACUACUCGCUCAGACUUCAGCCCUUCAUCAACGGCAACUUCAGCAUCCUCGGCUACGUGGAGGUGGAGAUGGAGGUCCUGGAGCCGACCUCCAACAUCACGCUCCACAUGGCCGACAUCAUCACUAAAAAUGACACCGCCAAGCUGUUGGCUCUAGAAGAAGAAGCCAACCGGGAAGUGAUGAUCAGGUCCCAGCAGUACGACCCAGCACGGCAGUUCUACGUCGUCCACCUCAGCGAGUUCCUGCAGAAGGGCAGAACGUACCUCUUGUCCGUGGAGUACCGGGCUUACCUCAGUGACCAGCUGCGUGGGUUCUAUAGGUCGACCUACACCGACGUCGAUGGAAGCAAGAGGAAUCUGGCAACGACCCACUUCCAGCCCACGGACGCCCGCCGCGCCUUCCCGUGCUUCGACGAGCCAGCCCUGAAGGCGACCUUCGAGGUCCACCUGGCGAGGGAGACCUGGAUGACGUCGCUCUCCAACAUGCCCCUCGCCGAGACGCGACCUGUCGAGGGUCAGGAGGGCUGGGUGUGGGACCGCUUCGAGAGGAGCGUCCCCAUGUCCACCUACCUCGUCGCCUUCGUCGUGUCGGACUUCGUCUUCGUUAAGUCUACCGAACAUGACCGCGUGCUGUUUCGAGUGUGGGCGCGACGGCAGGCCAUCGACGCCGCCCACAGCGCCAGGGAGGUCGGCCCGAAGGUGAUGCGUUUCUUCGAGGAGUUCUUGGGCACGUCUUACCCUCUGGCGAAGCAGGACAUGAUCGCCGUGCCAGAUUUCUCCGCGGGCGCCAUGGAGAACUGGGGUCUCAUGACUUACCGCGAAUCAAUCCUCUUGGACGACCCCAAUACCUCUACUUUGGGGGAAAAGGCAGUCAUGGUACAAACCAUCUCCCACGAAUUAGCCCACAACUGGUUCGGCAACUUGGUCACGGCCGCUUGGUGGAACGACAUCUGGCUCAACGAGGGAUUCGCCACCUACAUGGCUUUCCUGGGCACGGAUUUUGCAGAACCGACAUGGAAAGUAAUGGAAACGACCGUCAUUGAAAAUCUUCAAAAAGUAUUUCAACUGGACAGUCUGCAGUCAUCGCACAGGAUGAGCAUCCCUGUCAGUCAUUCAGACGAAAUAGAUGAGAUAUUUGAUAUGAUAACUUACACAAAAGGAGCUAUGAUUAUCAGGAUGAUGGAACACUACCUGGACAAGGCUACAUUCCAGAAGGGACUCAGCAGUUACUUAAAUUCUCUCAAGUAUGAAAGUGCAACGCAAAACGACCUGUGGGAACAUCUAUCAGUCGCUGCCAGUGAGGGCGGUACUCUGCCUGAGGGUGUGACUGUCAAGGACAUAAUGGACGCAUGGACACUGCAAGCGGGUUAUCCAGUCGUGCAUGUAAUGAGAACAUCAGAUGGCUCCUCUGCCACUGUUACUAAGAAACGUUUCCUUAUCGAAGAUAUAAACGGCGACUACGGGUGGUGGGUUCCCCUGACGUGCACGACCCAGAGCGAGGCCAACUUCAACCAGACUCGGGCCGUGGUGUGGAUGAAGGACUCCGAGGCACAGAUACGCCUCUCGUCCCUUCCCCCGAAGGACCAGUGGGUCAUCUUCAACCUGCAGCAGACGGGCUACUACAGGGUCAACUACGACGACCACAACUGGGGCCUCCUCAUCCAGCAGCUGAAGGACGACCACAAGGCUAUUCAUCCCAUUAACCGAGCCCAAAUCAUUGACGAUGCCAUGAAUCUUGCAAGAGCUGGUCAACUUAGCUACGGGAUUGCCCUCGGAGUGUUUGCUUAUUUAAGGAACGAGACUGAAUACCUGCCUUGGACUGCAGCUGUCAGAAAUCUUAACUUCAUGUUGAAAGCAUCCAACGAAUUUGAUGCCCUCAAGGACUUCAUGUCAGACUUGGUGUUGCCCCUGUACGAGGCUUUCGCGUUUGAUGACGGAGACGGGGACUCGCCCCUGGAAAAGAAGAAUAGAGAGAUAGUCAGAAAAUGGGCCUGUGGACUCGGCAACAAGGACUGUAUGGAUAAGGCGCUCACACUCUUCCGCCAGUGGAUGCUUAAUCCCGACAACUUUAGCACAAUCCCUCCGAGUGUGCUCUGCAACGGUAUAAAGAAGGGUGAUGAGGCUGCCUGGAACUUUACCUGGAGACAGUACCUGAAGACAGACGUCGCAAGUCAAAAGCCCAUUUUCCUGAGAGCUCUCGCUUGCACUACAGACUCCCUCAUACGUUCGAGAUUUUUGCAUAUGGUGGUUGAUGAAGACGGUGACAUAAGGCAGCACGACGUUUGGAAAGUUUUGUCAGCUAUCGGUGGUUCUUUAACGUGGAACUACCUGACCCUCCAUUGGAAUGAUAUGUUUACCUACAAGAAGAGCUAUAGAGGCGAGGUAAUGAAAGCUAUAAUCAGCGACGUGGCCCCGGAACAGGUGGAGCAGUUUCUAAGUAACAAGACGACUGAUAUGAGCGGAAACCACCUGGCGAUCCAGCAAGUGAGAGAGACGAUUAGGAGCAAUAUUGCCUGGAAGGAAUCGUACUAUGAAGUUGUUGCCCGCUGGUUGAAAGAUAAUGGAUACUCUUCCUAAUUUUUGAUUCUGCACUACUCGUUGAUCUGAACUAAUGCUGAACUAGUUAGCCAUUUCAUUUUGGAUUCAUGUAUUGUAUGUUUUCACGGUUUGCUAAAAAAUCGGUAAUCUCUAAGGAAUCUUUAACUUCUUGAUAUUAUUGAGGUUGAAUGUUGUUUUAAUGUAAGCAUUCAGAAAUAUAUGUAUAUAAUUGUUCAUACCGAUGUAUUAUCCACGGAAGAUGGGUGACUGUUAUGUCCUUUUACAUACAUAAAGCCUAUUUGAGAUUAGGGUUUUGCUGUUUCAUAAUCAUAGACUAAAUGUACGUUUACUAUUGUUGCGCCACCAUGAGAAUUAAAUGUUUAAAAGUAUUUGUUUUUCUAACUCGCAAAACUCAAACCAAAUAUUCUCAUUUCAUUAAGAUAUAUUUUUUUUUUUUGGUAUGUUAAUGUUAGACAAUUAUUAAG